GAGGUCUUACCGGCAUUCUCGCCGUCUUUACCUCUACUUCCCAGUGCCAGAUCUCUUCACGGUUUUGACCGUCAUUCGCACGUUGUUUUCGCUUUGCGAAUGGCACUAUCUGACCGUCCAUUCGCAUAGGCUUGUUUCUUUUGCCGAACGCCUAGCGUUCAGCAAAACUCCCGCAAACACCUUGUAUAAGGCGCGCGCAUUCGCACGAAUUAGCCGAACACCCGCACCACAUAUUGACACUCGCGUUCGGCUGAUUCGUGCGCUCGACGCCCGGCGUUCGU